AUGAGUUGUAUGCAUAUUCACGUGAUUACCCUCUUUCCAGAAAUGUUCAAAGCCAUUUUAGAGUAUGGUGUGACUGGACGAGCAUGGUCCGAAAAACGUUUUGAAUUAAGUCUUUGGAAUCCUAGGGAUUUUACUACUGACCCUUAUCGCCGAAUUGAUGAUCGUCCAUAUGGAGGGGGGCCUGGUAUGGUGAUGAUGAUAGAACCACUGCUGCGCACAUUGCAGGCGAUUUUUGCUUGCUCGGCUACUUGGCAGCGCCAUCAACCUCGCGUUGUUUUAACGUCACCUCAAGGUCAUGCGAUUACCCAUGAAUGGAUCGUUGAUCAGCAACAGGCGAGUUGUGUUUUUCAACGUGAUAUUGUCUUAGUGUGCGGUCGCUAUGAAGCCAUUGAUCAGCGUUGGAUUGAUGCCUAUGUCGAUGAGCAAAUCAGUUUAGGAGACUUUGUGAUUUCAGGUGGUGAAAUCGCGGCAAUGGCAGUGAUGGAUGCCAUGAUUCGUUUGUUGCCAGGCGUCUUGAAAGGUUCGCAAUCUUGUGAGCAAGAUAGUUUUGUCAAUGGUGUACUCGAUUGUCCACAUUACACAAGGCCAGAGAGCAGUGAAUUGGGGGAUGUUCCUGAGGUUUUGUUAUCAGGGCAUCAUGCGAAUAUUAUGGCAUGGCGGCGUGAGCAGAGCUUGCAAGCUACUUUUAGGCAACGUCCUGAGUUAAUAGAUAAAUUGAUCGAUUUAUCCUUAAUCAGUCCCGUCGAAGAAAAAAUGCUUAAGGACAGACGUGCUACAAAACUUUUCCAAGCGCCACGUAUCAAACAGCCCGAUGAAUCGUCGGAGGAUUUUGACGUAGGACCUUCGAAAACCCAAAUUAAAAAACAAAUGAAUGAUAUUCAAAAUCUUGGAAAAGCCAUGCUUGAAUUAUCCGUCGAUCAACGUAAAACCAUACCAAUCGAUGAUCAACUUUUUGAAUCGAUGAAAGAGUUUGACAGACUCAAAAGUCAUGAGGCGCGUAGACGGCAAUUACAGUACAUUGGCAAACUCAUGCGCCACUUAGAUGAACAAGAGAUCAUCGCAAUUACCGAUAGUCUUAAUCGCCUUCAGGGCAAAAGCGCAGAAGCAACCGCCGAACUGCAUCGUAUUGAACGAAUGCGAGAUCGCUUACUCAAUGAUCCACAAGGAGAAGUUUUAACCAACUAUCUCGCAGAUCAUCCUCACGUCGACAAGCAAGGAUUAAGAACGUUGUUACGUAAUUUCUGGCAUGCCCAACACCAUGAUCAAUCUGAAGCCAUGCGAAAAAAUAGUCGAGAAAUUUUCCAACUCAUUAAAAAUGCUGAAAAAAACUCAACACCUGAUCAUCACUCCAGUCUAGAUGAGGUCAGCAUUGAAACCCUAGAUCAUUAA